AUGGUGUCCGCAUCCGAAAAGUACUACAUCAAAGACGCAAUUUCGAAACCAGCCAUCCACCACGAGUCGUUCCAGCAAUUAUGGGAGACCAAAUGGAAAGGCCCUUGCGCGAUGGGGGUCUAUCCAUUCAUGUUCGGCAGCAUCAAGGACUUUGAGCCUGUUGUGGAAGAAAUAGUCAAGAAAGGGUUAAAGGAACCGUAUGACUGGGACGAGUACGCGCAGUCAUACUUCCCCAAGGCCGAAGAACUCACCAAGAUUGCCGAAGAAGCGGAGAAGGCUGGUGAAAUCGAGAAGGCCUCAGAAUAUUACCUGCGGAGCUCUGCCGUAUAUCGUAUCUCGCGUUUUCCUACCCCACGAUCAGAAAAGCAGAAAUAUGCCUGGAAGGUUGGGAAAGAGAUGUUCUACAAGGGUGCAGCACUGCUGGAACAUCCCAUCAAGGAAGUUCUGAUUCCUCACAAGCAUGCCAUUGAAGGCGAGGGCGAUGUCGUCCCAGUCAACUUUCUUCUCCCUCCAAAUGCCACCGAGCAGUCUCCCGCUCCGUGCGUCCUCAUCAUCACCGGACUUGAUGGCUACCGAACCGAAUUGGCAGUGUGGCAGCAAGGCUUCCUAGACAAAGGGGUCGCGACGGUCAUUGCUGAGAUCCCAGGCACUGGCGACUCUCCAGCCCUUCGUCAAGAUCCCACAAGUCCUGAUCGCCAAUGGUCCAGCGUACUGGACUGGAUCGACACGCAAAAGGAAAUUGACAACAAGAAGAUCGUCGUCUGGGGCUUCUCGACAGGUGGCUACUAUUCGCUUAGACUAGCUCACACCCACCAUGACAGAGUCUUCGCGUGCAUCAGCUUGGGUGGAGGAUGCCAUCAUAUGUUUGACAGGGAGUGGCUCGAGAACGUGGGCAAACUCGAGUACCCAUUCGAUCUCGCCAGCACCUUGACUUACAAAUUCGGCUACCCUGACCUUGAAUCUUUCAUUCAAGACGCUGGCAAGUUCUCAUUACUGAACGACGGCACCCUGGAAAAGCCGUGUACCAAGGUAUUGCUAGUCAACGGAAACGACGACGAAAUCUUCCCAAUCGACGACAUGUUUGUGUCACUGGAGCACGGCAACCCAAAACUGGCGAGAAUGGUCAAGGGCAAGAAACAUAUGGGAGAACCCGACAGUUUCUUUAUCAUCUUGAGGUGGAUCCACGGAGUUCUUGGACUGGAUGGCAAUAUAAUGGACCAAAUGAAAAAGUUACCCUCGCGCACGAAGUAUUAG